AUGCCUCUUUACUUAAAAUUGCUUUGUUCUCACGGAAUCCCCACUUUUAUUCUACUCCCAAGAUCAUCUACCAAUUUAAUAUUCCGACUCCAUCAAUCCUCUUCAGCACCGAUAAUGGUAGCUAAAUAUAAAAAAGAUCAGCUUUUACGGGAAUUGAAUAGAAGAUAUGAACGCUCACUAAAUUUUAAAAAGAAACCGAACAAAUUGUCAAAGGAUGGGGAACUACUUCCAAGAAUUGCGUCUAUUGCUGCUCAAAGAGUUUUGAGUUCUGACAAGGAACGUGUUGAAUUAAUUAAUGAAAGGGCUAGAAAUGUUUACAAAAAAGAAUUUAUCAAUAAAACUCAAAAGAAGAACGAACAAGAAAUUUUGCCUUAUAAUAUUGAACAAAAUCCUGAUUUGUUUGAUAAAAGUGGGGGUGAAUUGGAAAAGUCUUCCAAAGAAUUUAAUUCAGAGACUAAAGAACAGGAUAGAAGUGAUGUUGGUUUCUUUGUUUCUGACAAUAAAUUUUGUGAUGAUUAUGCGAGUGCAACUACUGCAGACCUUCCAGAAGAUGAAAUGACAGAGGAAAGAAUAUUCCGUCAGAAGAUGCUUUAG